AUGGGUGACAUCUCAGAGUCGGGAUCGGGAGUCCUAGAAACCUCGGAGUCCCGCUUAGCCGCCCUCAGCAGUAGUUCAACCAACAUCCGUAUUGAGGUGCUACGGAAACUGCUCCAUGACAUUCAGAGCACUGCCGAUGAGUCCAAGUCAGCAGGCACACUGAGUGUGUUGCCCACCCUCCUUUCGACCUAUCCUCGAUAUGCAGACCGAAAGUCUCGCCGCGCUGUACAGUCAUGCCUAAGAGCAUAUGUCACGAACCCCUCCACCGCCGAUGCCGCCUACCCUGCUAUCACCAAAUUCUUGAUCCAGGAAUCCCAGAAGGCUGCCAUAGCACCGUCAAGUGCAUUCGUGUUGCUCGAAUGGUGUUGUCUACUUCAGCAGGAGAGUCCGGGCAAUGCAAAGUCUGUGGACAACUGCUUCGGGAAAAUAUGUCUUGCUGCAGCUCGCCUUCUUGACAAAUGUGAAGACAAGGAUAUCCGAGGAGGUGUUCAGCAUUCUGCCUUGACCCUAGCGAGGAGGGGCCUACGCGAUGUUUUCAAGACAGCGUACGGCUCCAAGGCAUUGGACCUCGCCCUCAAGGAGGUCGAAAACUCUCCAGAGGUAGAUGCUCGGUGCGGCCCUUACCUAGGUGUCAUUGCCGGCGUGAGUUCACGCAUACCAGAAAGAAAAGAGCAGCUUCAGGAUUCGUCGAAGCAUAUUCUUGAUUUCUAUGUCAAGUAUAUUAUAGGCUCCAAAAUUCCCGUGCCCGCCCAUGAGUCCAUGGGUCUCCAUGAUUACUUCUUGGAUUUUGUGACAUUGCAGGAUGUUGGUGCAACGCUCGUCCCGGCGCUGGAGAAGGCCAUUCUGCGUUCACCGGAGGCCGUCUUACAAGGUCCCGUUGAAGCACUAGCCGCCUGCCUGCCUCAGGAGCUUGACAUCUCAGAACUUGCACUUUCGAAAUUGGUGAAACCUCUUCUUUCAGCCAUGGCCUCUACCAACUCUACGAUUCGUGAAGGGGCAGGAAGGGCUUUAUUAGCCUUAGUUCGAAGGGGCGGCGACCCUGCCAACCUCCAGAAGAUCUCACGGGAAUUGGCGUCGGCCUUGAAGUUAUCAAAGGCUGCAAAUUUCGAGAUGCGCGGCAUCCUCGCCGAUGUCCUCCAUACGGUGCACCCAGAACUCGAAACAUCUUCGGUCAUCGUGCAGAGCAUUCUGCCAGCUGCAGCAAAGGAAGCAAACGAAGGAGCUCUCAGAAAGGAGCUCUGGGCUCUAGUCCCUCACCUACAGAUUCUCGCUUCGUCCUCGGCCAUUGAGAAAUCACUCUCGGACUCUCUUCUAAAAGGUUGCGCUGACAAAAGGCCUGCAUUUCGCAAGAUUUGGGUCUUGUGCGUUGCCGAUGUACUGAGAGGCCUCCAAAAUGUGCCAUCAGAAAGUUCCUCACAGGAGUUCAUUCGGUCCUCCUUGAAGAUGUUGAGAGACGUCUACGACGAGAUCGCUCCGAAUCCACUGCCUGCAGCUCAGAACGGCUACGUCGCAGCUGCUUACGGUCUCCCUGCACUUUUGGACUCUCCCAUCUUAGAGGCUGAUGAGUUCAAGUCCAAUGCUUACCACCAAAUCAGACAGAAUGCCAUGACCGUGAGUCCGAAGCUUUCUUUUUUGCUAAAUCCCAAGGUCUACACACGACUUUCGUCAGCCGGAGACAAUCACUGGGCGCUGUAUGCCUUAACCACCCUGGCGUUCGAGCUCGACAAUGCCGUGGAGGAUGCGAAGGCUGCGUGGGCAAGGGCCGUCCUACACCUCCUACUAACUCCAGAGGUGGACUCGGCUGUCCGAAAGGAGACUGGUGCCUCCUUAUCGCGGGUGUAUGUCGAGAGGCCUGCCUCCGUAGGCCAAAGCAUAGUACUCGGUAUUUGGGAUGUGCUUCGGUCUCGGGCCCAGGAAUUGAACGGACCAGCUGGAAGUUCUAUUCCGUUGAGUGACAAUCGAUUGCUCCAAGCGGUGAAAUGCAUUUCACCGGCAAAAGACAAGUGGAGAGAUCUCAAGAAAGAAAUCCCGCUUGACAUCCUAGAGAACCAGUCAGUAUCAACAGUUGUCCUCCUUCGACCAGAACUUAUUGUCAACUCGGAUUGGAUCGCAAGUUGCCUCACCCUGGGGAUCGAUCCUGGGCAACUGGGGAAGAAACGGUGCGAUGAUCUGUUUGCGGAGAUACUAUCGCAUUUUGAGUCUCAGAAACUAGCACCUCUGAACGUAUUUGAGGUUGCUGCUUGCAACGCCGCGGCGACCCUGGCUUUUGUGGCACCAGAUUCUUGUACAUCAGCACUGAUCCAACAAUUUCGGAAAGACCUCGACCCCUCACAGCUAGACGGUCUAGGGCCUACUGAAGCCCUCAUUGCUCGCGCUCCCGAAGGUACAGCGGUGAUUGAUGUGCUGGGUCAGCAGACAAAUGGAAACCUUGAAAACAAGAACCAAAAGGAUUACGAUGUCCUCAAAUGGGAAGAAGAGAUGCGGCAGCAGUUAGCCCAGAAAAAGGGAGCGACUCAGAAAAAGCUGACGGCGGAUCAGCAAGCGAAGCUCGAUGCACAACUUGCUCAUGAGGCUGAGGUACGAGCCCGUGUGAAGUCAGUGUCGGCGAAAGUCAGAAGAGGCGCAAAGUUCGUUGAAGGGCUCGCUCGUGGUCCGCCGACCGACGCACGCAUGUGGAUGUCUCCAGCAAUCACUGCACUGAUACGUGUCCUGGAGAAAGGGGCUGCAUUGGUUGUUGACGAUGAGAUUGUCUCAGCAUACAUGGCAUGCUCUACCCAGGUCUCCGAUCGGCUGGGCAAUCUGCGUCUUUUCAUUGGUGUGGCGACUCUCAGAUCUUUGCCGAAUGCCAAUGUCCCGGACAGUUUGACGGUAGAGCCGCUGGCAGAUCUAGGUACCAGGGUUCUUUAUAGACUGCGGUUCGCAGCUGAGCAACGCCCCUUUGAUACAAUCACCACUGCGUAUGCUUUACCAUUGAUCUUUACACUGCUGGAGAAUGGAAGGAUUGGAGAGGUUUCGGGAGACGAGGCUGACGCGCAAGUCCUUCUUGCUCUCGAAUUUCUCUCCUUCCAGAUGGGCUCAGGUGCCGAUGAGCUUCUUCCAAGGGCCGAUAUCCUGCGGCACCUCAUCAAAGCGAUGCAGAAGUAUACCCAGCACUACCGCAUCAUCAAAGAUUGUUUGUUCGACUUUUGUCGCUCAAUAUCAGAGAACAUUACGCCUGAAGAAAGGGAUAUUCUCUUGUCCGCUGUUACUCUUCCGGAAAGCGCAGUCCGGUCCGCGGCUCUCCAAGCCAUACACUCUGAGCUAGACUUGUCAGAUAUUGACUUUUCGGUGCAUUUGUGGAUUGCAUGCCAAGAUGAAGAGGAUGAAAAUGCCGAAACUGCUCUAGCCAUCUGGCAAGAACAGGAAUUCUUCGUGACCGAGGAGAUGGUCGACAGCAUACCCCAGUUCCUGUUUUCAGCGGCACGGUCGACUCGCACUGCCGCGUCGAAAGCACUUGCCCAAGCACUCCUCCAGAAUACUUCCAAGAUUGACAGUAUCCUGGCCUGGCUGGAAGAGUCGUACAGGAUAGAAGCACAACCACUUGUGCCGAAGCGGAACAAAUUCGGAAUCGUGCAAAAGGGCGAGUUGGCUGACCAAUGGGAGAGAAGAAGUGGGAUUGCUCUCGCCGUCAAGGAGAUUUCGUCCAUCCUCAGUCCAGAUGCACUGGUUCCGUUCAUGGGUUUCAUGGUCUCUGAGGGUGCUUUCUCGGACCGCAAUGCCACUGUACGCUCAGAGAUGGUUGCAGCUGGGAUCGCUCUAGUAGCGGGCCGUGGGAACGAACGUCUGGAGCCACUCAUGGACCUGUUUGAGAAGGUAUUACAGGGCCCUGACAAAGGCACACAAGAAGCAGAUUGGGUCAACGAGGCUGUAAUCGUCCUCUAUGGUUCGCUGGCACGCCAUCUUCCAGAAGGUGACAAGCGAACACAAACUGUGAUACAAAAGCUCCUCGACACACUCAGUACCCCCUCGGAAUCAGUACAGUACGCGGUGGCCAACUGUUUGCCUCCCCUGAUCCGAUCGCCGAGUGUUGACGCCGGGCCUUAUUUGUCUUCGCUUCUUGAUCAGCUGUUCAACUCUAAGAAAUAUGCAGCCCGUCGAGGCUCGGCUUACGGGCUUGCAGGCAUCGUGAAAGGCAAAGGAGUAGCCGCUCUAAGGCAGCAUCGGGUCAUGUCAGCGUUGAGGGGCGCGGCAGAAAACAAGAAGAGUCCCGAGCAGCGGCAAGGCGCCAUGAUGGCCUAUGAGCUGAUGUCACUGCUUCUUGGACGGACCUUUGAGCCAUAUGUGAUUGAGAUCCUCCCACAAUUGCUGACCGGCUUUGGCGAUCCUGUUACCUCGGUUCGUGAAGCUUGCCUGGAUACAGCCAAGACAUGCUUUGGAAGCUUGAGCUCGUUUGGUGUCCGUCGUGUCCUUCCUCAACUCCUGGAGGGGCUGAACGAGACGCAAUGGCGUAGCAAAAAAGGAGCGUGUGAUCUCUUAGGUGCGAUGGCCUACCUUGACCCUGAACAGCUAGCCGCCAGCUUGCCCGAGAUCAUCCCUCCCUUGACCGCGGUGCUCACCGACAGUCACAAAGAGGUUCGUGCCGCCGCUAAUAGCAGCCUUAAGAGGUUUGGAGAGGUUAUCACAAAUCCGGAAGUCAAGAGUCUCGUCGACAUCUUGCUCAAGGCCCUGAGUGAUCCAACCAAGUAUACGGAGGAAGCCUUGGAUUGUCUGAUCAAGGUCUCGUUUGUGCAUUACUUGGACGCGCCAUCAUUGGCCCUGGUCGUGAGGAUAUUGGAGAGGGGCCUGAAUGACCGCUCGGCCACCAAGCGGAAAGCGGCCCAAAUCAUCGCCAGCCUGGCGCAUCUUACGGAGAAGCGUGAUAUUGUCACCCAUCUUCCCAUUCUCGUCUCUGGGUUGCGUCUCGCCUCCAUCGAUCCUGUACCAGCAACUCGUGCCACUGCCUCCAAAGCCUUGGGCAGCCUGGUCGAGAAGCUUGGUGAAGAUGCCUUCCCUGAUCUGAUACCAAGCUUGAUGUCUUCACUUCGUACCGACACAGGCGCAAGCGACCGCCUCGGCGCUGCUCAAGCCCUUAGCGAAGUGCUUGCCGGCCUCGGAACUGUCCGACUUGAGGAGACUCUGCCCACUAUCCUCCAGAAUGUAGCCAGUCCAAGGCCGACGGUCAGAGAAGGAUUCAUGACCUUGUUCAUCUUCUUGCCGGCCUGCUUUGGCAACAGCUUUGCCAACUAUCUUGCUCAGAUCAUCCCAGCCAUCCUUAGCGGCCUGGCUGAUGAUGUCGAGGUCAUCCGUGAGACCAGCCUGAGAGCUGGCAGAUUGCUGGUGAAGAACUUUGCAAGCAAGGCCAUCGACCUGCUCCUUCCAGAACUGCAACGUGGAUUGGCCGAUGAUAGCUACCGCAUCCGUCUCAGCUCCGUUGAGCUUGUCGGUGACCUGCUCUUUAACCUCACCGGUAUCAGUGCGCAAACGGACGCCGAGGAAGAGGGCGAAUCUGCAACACAAGCGGGACAAUCCUUGCUGGAAGUAUUGGGCGAAGAACGACGCAACAGAGUGUUGUCGUCGCUCUAUAUCUGUCGCUGUGAUACUUCUGCCCAGGUCCGCGGGGCUGCCAUUGCUGUCUGGAAGGCUCUGGUUGCCACUCCCCGAACCUUGCGUGAACUGGUACCUACGCUCACGCAAAUGAUCAUCACUCGCCUGGCCUCCUCUAACAUGGAGCACAAAGUCAUUGCCGCAAACGCCCUUGGCGAGGUUAUCCGCAAGGCUGGCGAAGGUGUCUUCGCGUCGUUGCUGCCGUCUCUGGAGGAAGGUCUGCAAACAUCAACCGAUCCGGACAAGAGGCAGGGCAUUUGCAUUGCACUCCGCGAAGUUGUCAAUGCUGCUUCUCCGGAAUCGCUCGAGGAGCACGAGGUCAAAUUGAUUGCUAUUGUUCGACUGGCACUGACAGAUCCCGACCCAGAGGUACGGGAGGCUGCUGCCGAAUCUUUUGAUUCUCUUCAACAAACCUUCGGCAAGCGAGCUGUGGACCAAGUACUGCCCCAUUUGCUCAACCUCCUGCGAAGCGAAUCGGAAGCGGAACAUGCGCUGUCGGCUUUGCUUACCUUGCUCACAGAAGCCACCAGGGCGAAUGUCAUCUUACCAAACCUGAUCCCAACGCUUUUGACCAACCCUAUCACUGCUUUCAAUGCCCGGGCCCUCGCAUCGUUGGCCAAGGUUGGGGGCUCCAGCAUGACUCGCAGACUGCCGGCCAUCCUGAACAGUCUUGCAGACAACAUUGUUUCAUGCAAGGACGAGGACUUGCUAGAAGAGUUAGACGAGGCGUUCGAUACCGUCUUGUCAUCUGUUGAUGAAUACGAUGGUCUCAACACGGCCAUGAGCGUGAUGCUCACAAUGAUUAAACAUGACGAUCACAAACGACGAGCCGUCGCCGCAGUACACCUGGGCACGUUCUUUGAGACAGCUGCUGUCGACUACUCGAGGUACAAUCCCGACCUCAUUCGGGUUCUUCUCAUUUCUUUCGGAGACCGAGACCCAGAAGUCGUGAAAGCUGCCUGGUCCGCAUUGAGCCGGCUGCAAUCACACCUUCGCAAGGAGGAGAUGGAGACUUUGGUUGGUCCGACCAGACAAGUCCUACAGCAAGCGGGGACUGCAGGUUCUGUACUCCCUGGCUUUGCACUACCCAAGGGCAUUUUGCCUGUCCUCCAGAUCUUCCUGCAGGGCUUGAUGAAUGGUACUACCGAGCAGCGUGUUCAGGCUGCCAUGGGGAUCUCCGACAUCAUUGAUCGUAGCGGCCCAGAUGCAUUGAAGCCAUUCGUGACUCAAAUCACCGGCCCGCUUAUCCGUGUUGUGGGCGAAAGAUCCAUGGACGUCAAAUGCGCCAUCCUGUCCACCCUCAAUCAACUCCUCGAGAAGAUUCCGACCUUCUUAAGGCCGUUUCUGCCGCAGCUGCAGAGGACCUUUACCAAGUCUAUCGCCGACCCAACGAGCGAUUUACUUCGCAUGCGAGCGACGAAGGCAUUGAGCACUCUCAUCACAUUAACUCCACGCGUUGACCCUCUUAUCGCCGAGCUUGUCACUGGAGCCAAAACCCCGGACGCAGGUGUCCGCAACGCUAUGCUGAAAGCAUUGCAAGAAGUGGUUAGCAAGGUUGGAUCUAGUAUGAGCGACACCUCCCGAGAAUCCAUCCUAGGGCUCAUGGAUGGCCAGCAAGACGGCCAGGAUGAAAACACGAUGGUGACCAACGCAAGGCUCCUCGGCGCCAUGAUCAAGGUUCUUCCAGCUGAGAAAGCAGCCUCGUUGAUCAAGAGCCGUGUCCUGCUACAGCCAUCCACAAGCGCUUCCAUCUUAGCACUCAACGCAGCCCUACUUGAAAGUGCGUCUAGCUUGGUUUCUGGUUACGCCGAGGAGACGAGAGCGGUAAUCGCGGCGGGACUGACCGGCAAGAACACCUUCGUUCAACAGAACUCUGUGCUGGCGCUAGGCAAAUACUUGUUGUUCGCUUCCAUGAUCUCAGAUGCAGAAGUAUACCAGCCCCUCAUUGAAGCGCUGACCUCGGUCAUCGCUCCUGGCGGAGACAUCGACUCUCGGCGCCUUGCACUCGUGGUCGUUCGUACUGUGGCGCGCCACCACGGCGAUGAUAUGCGGAAAUACCUCUCCAUUCUGGUGCCACCGGUAUUCUCCUCGGUGCGCGACCCUGUCAUCCCCGUCAAACUGGCGGCGGAAGCGGCCUUCCUUGAACUCUUCAAUGUCGUCGACGAGGAGAGCGCCGUCUUCGACCAAUACAUGGCUGGGCCGGGAAAGGCUUUAUCCAUGGGUCAGUCACGCCCGCUGAGCGACUACUUCAAGCGUGUGGCAUUGAGGCUGGGUGCACAAGCGAGGGAACGACGUGAGGCCGAAGGCGGGGCUGGCGGCUUGGGGUUGAGUUCUGAUGAGCAAGAGGACGAGCGUGAGCUCUGGAGUGUGGGCAGGGUAGACUUGGGCGAUGGUGGUGGUGGUGAUGAGGAGUGA